GAAAAGGGUGCAGAUGACGACUUGGACGUGGAGAAAGGAUCCCAGUUCCAAGUCGAGCUAUCGGAAGCUGCAGGGGCUCACCCCUUUCUGUCAUCCUUGGCGAAUACGCAGGAUGCUGACGAGCGCCCAGGUGGAGUCUCCGACGUUCCAAGCUGGCAGAUUCCAGAGCUUGUGGUGGAGUGCCCGAAGAGACCCGGAGCCCGCAUUCACAAGGGUACUUCGCUAAUCCUGCCGGAAGCUGGCGGCGAUCUGCUGGCUUGCGUCGUCAGCAGCUUGCCGGUGCUGUUGCAAAUAAGACCACGCUGGAUUCUGGGUUACAGUAUGGCCGUCGAUGGCGUUUCUCUGCGAACGAUGUAUCGACAGCUUGCAGACUCUGGCCCCUGCGUCAUGAUAGUGGAGGAUUCCAGCAACUGCAUUUUCGGGGCCUUCCUCAGUGAGGGCUUGAGGCUUUCCGCCCGCAACGUGAAGCUGCUCAUUAUGCUAAGUACCAUGCUAGGGGUUCGGCUGAAAGCGCCGCUGAGCUCCCGAGCCUCGAGCUCAUGUGCUGCGCGGUCGGGCGCGGGCGCACCGCGCUCGCAGCUCCGGUCCAUGGGGCUGCUCGUGGGGCCUCCUGGCGCUGGCGCUGCCUGUGCCUCUGGCUCCCGCCUCUGUGCGGCCGCCGGGCUGCUGUCCGGUUUCUCUUUGGGAAGGCGCAGAGGCAGCACUCUCAGAGCAACGGAAACUGCCGAAAGCUUGGAGUGCCUGAACCGGCUCGCCAAGGAAUCAGAUCAGUCCUGGCUUGACCAGCUCUCUCCUGACCCGGAGACGGACCUGCACGUGCCCAACACGGACCCGCGCGAGGUCAAGUCUGGCCACUACGUGGAGGUGUGGCCGACGCCCCUGCCAGACCCAAAGCUGGUCAUUUACUCGCAGGAGGUUGCUGACAUGCUGGGCAUCCCCGAAAAUGAGGUCCGCUCUGACUCCUUUACGGCAUUCUUCUCCGGACAGAGAAGCGAGAUUCCGGUACUGAGGUCCUGGUGCACACCCUAUGCGCUCGCCAUUAUGGGCCAACGCAUGGUGUCGAACUGUCCGUUUGGCAAUGGCAACGGCUACGGUGAUGGCCGGGCCAUCUCGGUCGGGGAGCUUUUAGCCAAUGGACAGCGCUUCGAGCUGCAGCUGAAGGGGGCCGGCCGAACGCCGUUCUGCCGAGGAGGUGAUGGCCGCGCAGUGCUGCGCUCCUCCAUCCGCGAGUUUCUGGCAUCAGAAGCCAUGCAUCACCUAGGAGUGGAGACGACGCGAGCCUUGUCCUUGGUCGUCUCUGGUUCGGAGACUGUCCGACGCCCAUGGUAUGCUGACAACAGUCCUGCAGGAAACCUGUACUCGUCCCGGGAACCCAACACCAUGGUGAACGAGGCUUGUGCUAUCACAACAAGGGUGGCCCCGAGCUUUCUCCGAGUGGGCCACGUCGACCUCUUCGCGCGGCGCGCGGCCGCGAGCCCCGGAGGGUCAGCCGCAACAGAGCUGGAGCAGAUCGUUGAACAUGCCCUCUUCCGUGAGUACCCCGACAUAGCCGAGCGCGCAGAGCCCUUGCCCGAGCGUGCAGUGGCCAUGCUUGAGGCCUUCGCAGACCGGCUCGCGGCCCUGGUGUCCGGCUGGCUCCGCGUGGGCUUUUGUCAAGGAAACUUCAACUCGGACAACUGCUUAGUUGGUGGCCGGACCAUGGACUACGGCCCCUUCGGCUUUAUUGACCGCUACGACCCGCUCUUCGCCAAGUGGACCGGCUCGGGAGAACACUAUGGCUUCCUGAACCAGCCGCAGGCCGCCAUGGCCAAUUACCACACACUUGUGACUUCCGUGGCCGUGCUUCUGAAGGAGCAGGCCAAAGAAGAGGCAGUGCGGCUCAUCGAGGCGGGCGCGCAGAAGAUCCGUGCGGCCGUCCUGGACGUCUUUACAAAGAAGCUCGGCUUCGCCUCUAGCAGCGAAGCUGCUGUGGAGCUCUGGAAGGAGCUGGAGCCACUGUUGCGAAAGUCGAAGAUCGACUACACAAUCUUCUGGCGCCAGUUGAUCCCUGUGCUGGAUGCAGGGGCGGAGGGCCAGCUUGGUCAUUUGGAUCGUGCUUUCUACGAGCCGCCGAAUGACGAGCUCCGGCAGGAAUGGGAUGCAUGGCUCCAGAAGUGGGCGGCAGCUGUCCUCUCAGAGGGUGAGGGCGGUGAGAGCGCGCGCCAGCGAGUCGCUUCGCGGCUUGGCGCUGUGAACCCCAAGUAUGUUCCACGCGAGUGGAUGUUGGUGGAGGCCUACACAAAGGCUUCAGAGGGUGAUUACACCGUCGUCCAGGAGCUCUACGAGCUCUUCAAGCGGCCCUACGACGAACAGCCGGCCUAUGAGCGGUACUACAGCCGUGGCCCAGACGACAUUGUCAGUCGAGGUGGUGUUGCAUACAUGACCUGA